CUCUUUUAUGGUAGGACGCUUCUUGAGGGCGGCCUGCUAAAAUUGUAGCGAUUUCCGACACUUCACACAGCACGUCUUCUGCCUGCCAUUCCCAACAGACUGCUCUGUCUCCUCACUGUGGUACAGUCCAGUUUGCAGCCUUUCUGGCUCCUCUUCCGUCGUUUGUCCAUCUCCUGCCUCUCCCGGUCAUCCCUCCAAACCGCCAUAACACCACCUGUCAUGCCCAUGGUGUGCAGUUUCUAACCUGAUCUCUAGUGCAAUUAGAGAAAAAUGUUCAACAGGUGACAAGAAAUUAAAAUUCCUCCAGUUUUUUGUAUGCCUAUUGGCCCAUUUUUCUCAUCCCACUUUUUGUGUGCCACAAAAAUUGUGAAUUUCUAACCUACUCAAUCAAAACAUCUUCCCCCUUUGAGUAGCAUAGCCAGGCAUGAUAGUUACAUGUGCAAGUUUUUCUUUCAGAAUUUUAAUUUGUGCUCUUAAAUUAAUAAGUCCCAAAUGUUUACUAUAUUUUAAAUGUGACCGUGAAUGUUGAUUUUCAGAAUUGGUUAAUUAACUAUGACUUGGCUGGAGGCAAUCAUAAAAAAUGUCACUGAAUAGUUCAAAUUUGGAAGGUCCUGCCAAUUUAUUGGCUAUUGUAGUUGACAUUCCUCCGCACCUGAUGCUGCUGGAGUGCGGGCCUCAUCACUACCUUAACUCUGUAUUAGCCUUUGCUAACCUACAUCUGGGAGCAUCUGUCAACAGGAAGCUCUGCAUUGUAGCAGCAACCCACACAACUACAGAGUUUCUCUACCCACCCCUCUACCCUGAUGAUCAGCGAGUGCGUCAGAAAGAUGGACGUCUGGAGCAGCUUCAGUGCCUGGACGAAUGUGUUGAGAAGCGCCUUAAGGAGCUCAUGCUGCACCAGCAUAACCCUGUUAAUGGUCAGGCCAAUGGAUGUUCUUCAGCAGCACAACCUCCUGACUCGCUGCUGUCAGGAGCCAUGGGCCGCGCUCUGCUCUUCCUGCGUCGCCACAUCGGCUCCUCGAAGGCAGCUUCCAACACCGCCAGGAUGCUCGUCCUCAAAGUGGCAGGCGAGAGCGUGGGCCAGUACCUGAACUACAUAAACGUGUACCUGACGGCGCAGAAGCUUGGCGUGCCGGUAGACGUGUGCUGCCUCAUGACGGACUGCGGACUGCUGCAGCAGGGCGCCGACAUCACCGGCGGCUACUACCACAAACUCACCGAGCCGCAGUCACUGCUGCAGACGCUCGUGGUGCUGUUCAGCUUGGGGAGUUGGGGCGGGGGUAGUGGCAAGGGAGGCAGGAGUGGGGGUGUGGUGGCAUUACCGCCCCCCGACACCGUCGACUACAGAGCAGCCUGCUUUUGUCACCGCGCACUCGUCAACAUGGCCAACGUUUGCUCCAACUGCCUCUCCGUAUACUGCAAAACGGUGCCACUUUGCUCCACUUGUAAUGUCUUCUUCCCCAUAGAAAUGCCCAUGAAAAGACCAGCCAAGAAACGAAGAUGAUAGUGUACAGAAUAUUUUAAUAUAAUAAAACUUAUAACC